AUGCCAGAACGACAAAAAGUCAUAUCUAGUGGUAUGUACAAGCUUGCCGUAUGUACAAUAUGGGUGUCCUGCAGGAAGAAACGAACUAAAGAAACAUCCACCCCAGAUUUCAAAUGGUUGAAUAUGCGCAACUCCAAACUCCCAACGGCCAAACACCAACGACAACUUCCUCCAAUCAACAUUAAUGCGCCACGCCAUCCCUGUGUACAGAUUCAAGGGGAGAAUGAAAAAAAAAACGCAAAUGAUAUGGGUUUCGCCUCCUUAGUCCACUGCGACGACAAAGGCAACUGGUCUCAGAAGUAUUUGGCUGCGCUGAGAGUCUAA